AUGACAUGCACCGAUAAGUUCACCAAACGAGUAGGAUAUAUCCCCGGCCGUGCCGAUUGGGACGGCGAAAGCUGGGCCAAGCCGCUCCUGACCAUGUUCAUGUCCGGCGACUGGGGCCUACCAACGGUGAUUAUAUCAGACCGUGAUCCCAAAUUCGUCCAGGGCCUAUGGGCAACAAUCUUUACCAUCCUCGGUAUUAAUCUCCUCUACACAACAGCCUACCACCCCCAAGCCGACGGUCAGUCCGAACGCUCGAACCAGUCAUCGGCACUACCAAACCUCCAAGCUUCCAUGAACUCCUCUAUCAACGUAUCGACCGGCUAUACCCCACACAAACUUAUGUACGGCACCGAGCUCCGACAAGCGUUCGACAUGAUGCCACAAGCUUUCGAUCACGAUACUGAAUUCCAAGCCCGUGUCGAUGCCGAGCAAUCCUUAGCAUAUGCCGCUAUGAAAAUGAAAACCUAUUUCGACAAGAAGCAUAAGCCGAUACACUUCCAAGCCGGCGAAUGGGUGUAUCUUAAGCUUUCCACCGACACCACAGAUCCAGGUUACUCAAUCCCAGCCAAUGCUGACAAGCCACGCAAGUUCAAGCAAAGAUAUCUCGGCCGUUUCCAAAUCCUUCACCGCGUAGGCCGUCUAGCCUACAAGCUUAAGCUCCCCGACAGCUGGCAACGACACCCAGUCAUCAGCGUCGAACAUCUCGAAAAAUGCCCCCAAGGCCCAGAUCCAUGGGACCGCCAAGCUGAUAAUGGCCACCACAUGCCCACCGACGAUGAGCGCUUCCCAGACGAAGAAAGGUAUGAGGUUGCCAAAAUCCUCGCGAAGAGAAUCACCAAGCCAAGAGGAAGACCGCGCGCAGACGGUACAAGCCGCCCAUCGAUCACCAAAUAUCUCGUUCGUUGGAAAGGCCAAUCCGCCAAGGAGGAUCAGUGGGUAGCGAAGGAAGAUAUCGCCGCUGACGAUCUCAUCGCUGAGUUCGAAGCGAGCAGGCCCUCCAAUUAA